UGCAGCAAAACAUCUGCUUAAAAUCGUGUAGGUUUCCAGCGCCUGUCAAGAUCUCGCUGAAGAGAUUAAGCCUGGGCUGCGCCAUGAUCUCCGCUGUCCUCCUCCUCUGGACCGUGCCCUGUGUGGCAAACCACAUCCUCGGGGGCUUUGUCAAGGGAACGCUGCAGGAAGGUCCCCAGCUGGCGUGCAGCCUGCCCGGACCCCCCGGGCCACCCGGCCCCCCCGGCGCACCCGGGGCUCCAGGGACGGUGGGCAGGAUGGGCUUCCCGGGCAAAGAUGGCAAGGACGGCAAGGACGGGGAUAAAGGCGAGCACGGCGAUGAAGGUCCACAAGGCAGAACAGGAAACCCCGGCAAGCCAGGACCAAAGGGGAAAGCAGGAGCUAUCGGCAAGGCAGGCCCACGAGGGCCCAAGGGUUUAAAGGGUAAUCCUGGGAAAAAUGGGGCACCGGGAAAGAAAGGGCCCAAAGGGAACAAGGGCGAGACCGGGAUGCCAGGACCCUGCACCUGUAAUGCCAACAAAGCCAAAUCUGCCUUCUCCGUGGCAGUCUCAAAGAGCUACCCAAGGGAAAGGCUGCCCAUCAAAUUUGACAGGAUCCUGAUGAACGAGGGAGGACAUUACAAUGCCUCCAGCGGGAAAUUUAUAUGCAGCAUCCCAGGUAUUUACUACUUCACUUAUGAUAUCACUUUGGCCAACAAACAUUUGGCCAUUGGCUUGGUCCACAACGGGCAGUACCGGAUCAAGACUUUUGAUGCCAACACUGGGAAUCAUGACGUUGCCUCUGGAUCAACCAUCCUUUCUCUGAAGCAGGAGGAUGAGGUAUGGCUGCAGAUCUUUUACUCAGAACAAAAUGGGCUCUUUUAUGAUCCCUAUUGGACAGACAGCUUAUUUACUGGCUUCCUGAUAUAUCCUGAUCAAGAUUAUCUCAAUGAAAUAUAGGAUGACAAACUAGCCUAUGGGAAAAAAUAGGAAAUGCAUGAGACCUCAGUCCAGCAAAGUGUAG